GCGCCUGCGCCUUGCAGCCCCGCACGUGUUCGAGCCGGAAGCUUCCGCUGAGGCUGGAGUUUCUUGAGGAUGCAAACCGAGAUGGAGGCACAGAGUUCCUUGGCCGAGGCCGGCUUCACCCAGGUCACCCGAAAAGGUGGCCGGCGGGCGAAGAAACGGCAGGCUGAGCAGCUGUCCGCGCCGGAGGAGGGCGGGGACGCGUCCCGCAUGGACACCGAGGAGGCCCGGCCCGCCAAGAGGCCCGUCUUCCCGCCUCUCUCCGGGGACGGGCUUCUGGGUGGGAAAGAAGAAACCAGAAAAAUUCCAGUCCCAGCUAACAGAUACACUCCCUUAAAAGAGAAUUGGAUGAAGAUCUUUACUCCUAUUGUGGAGCAUUUGGGACUUCAGAUACGCUUUAACUUGAAAUCGAGGAAUAUAGAAAUCAGGACUUGUAAAGAAACCAAAGAUGUUAGCGCUCUGACAAAAGCAGCUGAUUUUGUGAAAGCCUUUCUUCUUGGGUUUCAGGUUGAGGACGCACUUGCCCUCGUUAGGUUGGAUGACCUCUUCCUAGAGUCUUUUGAAAUUACAGAUGUUAAGCCCUUAAAGGGAGACCACCUGUCGAGGGCAAUAGGAAGAAUCGCUGGCAAAGGAGGAAAAACCAAAUUCACCAUCGAGAACGUGACACGGACACGGAUAGUUCUGGCUGAUGUGAAAGUUCACAUCCUUGGUUCUUUCCAAAACAUCAAGAUGGCAAGAACUGCCAUUUGCAAUCUCAUCCUGGGAAAUCCUCCAUCAAAGGUUUAUGGCAAUAUUCGUGCUGUGGCUAGCAGAGCGGCAGACCGAUUCUGAUUUCAAAUAAGAGACUUUUUAUCUUGUCUUUGAACUCUAGAGAAAAAGCCUUUCCCCUCUACAAGUGGUCACCAGACACCAUGUGAAGAACUUUUCAGUCAUGGAUACCAUUAUAUACUAGCACAUUAAGUAUAAUUUAUUUUUUCCAUUUUAAGUCACAUGUAGAUUUGCAUAGUUUAUAAUCCUCUCAUUUGUAGGGAAACUUAUUUAAAAAAACAGUUCUGUAUUAGCUUCUAAGUUUUUUGUUUAUAAAUUUAUAAAAAGUUAUUCUCUAUGAGUUGUAAUUAAAAGAAUUAUCUCAGAAAACCUCUCUGACUUGUGACCCUUAAUACUGGAUGGUGUGUAAAUAUUUU